CCUUGGAUGUCCAGAUAAGUGGCUGGAAGUGUGACGGUAUUUGCUGGAGAACCAAUUUAAUUAUUCUCCAUGGCAAUUUUCAGUAACACGUGAUUUGAUGGUUCACGCUAAAGGAUGUUAAGUUUUUGUUCCAGUCGGAUUCCAAAGAGCAGAUGAACAGACUGUAUCCACUAACACACAUGGGGUUCACCCACCACGAUAAGUUCGAGAGUACUUUCAUUUCAACAUAUAAACUGCGACACUAAACCUAUUCAAAGUCAGGCAAUCCUGUCGGAAGAAAGGGCAGGCAGUAACGUGAUCCUGAGCGAAGUGUAUAAUUACUUCUGAAGGGAGAGGGAAAAAAUACCUUUCUAAAAUUGGAAUUAAAUUCUGAAUUUCUAAAGGCCAAAAAUAUUGAAAAUCGUUUUAAGAUGGAGUCUUUCAUUGUGAUAAUGAACUCCUCUGUACCCCCUGAUAACUACUCCAUGAUAUCUGGCCAGAACUACUCGGAAAUAAGGGAUCUCUACAAGGAGCCACCAUGGAUACAAGCGAUAUACGGUUUACUUUUUACACUUGUGACUGUAUUGGGCGUUGGCGGGAAUUCAAUUGUUUGUUACAUUGUUCUCGGACAUGCGCGCAUGCGCACUGUUACAAACUAUUCCAUUGUAAAUUUAGCGGUAAGUGAUAUCCUCAUGGCCGUCAUGUGCGUCAACUUUUCAUUUUACGCAGCAAUGUACAUGACGUGGCCCUUCGGAGAGUUCAUGUGUAAAGCAGUAUCGUACAUACAAAGUGUUUCAGUAUCUGUUAGUAUUUUUACAUUGGUAUCCAUCAGCGUGGACCGUUACAUAGCGAUAUGUCAUCCUCUAGUUCUGCGCAUGGGAUCAUCACAGGCGUUAGCAGUCAUUGCGGUUAUCUGGGUGGUCGCAUGCGUGGUGGCGUUACCAUCUUUGAUAUUCUCCACAGUCGGCGUAGAGGGCGACUCAACAUUCUGUUCUGAAAGUAACUGGGAACAAUCUAAAAUAUACACAUAUGUCUUGAUGGGCAUACAAUACUUCGUACCACUCUGUGUCUUGGCUGUUGCCUAUGGAAGGAUUGGUUAUGUAAUCUGGAGCAGACGAACGCCAGGAGAAACACAAGCGAGCAGGGACAAGAGAAUUAAUGAAUCAAAGACAAAGCUCGUCAAGAUGUUUGCCAUGGUUGUUCUUCUCUUUGCAUUGUGCUAUCUACCAAUACAUUCCUUCAACAUCCUUCAGGAGGUGUACGAGAAUGUCCUUUACUAUCGCUACAUCAAGCUGGUUUACCUCACCGUUCUCCUGGCGGCAAUGAGCAACUGCGUCUACAACCCCUUCAUCUAUUGCUGGAUGAACGCUAAGUUCCGCAACGGCUUUAGACACGUGUUCCGUUUCCUACCCUGCGUGCAUUACGACAACCAAUGGAAAGUGAUAGCGCACCUGGAACGUGGUAACACCGCAAUGACACAAUUAACGACGUCGCCGUCCCGUCGGCUUCGCAGUGGUCCGUCGGACGCAAAGCAUUGCUGGCCCGAGCAUUGCUAUGAGUCGCUAAGCAACGGGGAUGGUAGUCCACUAAGGAAUAAAGUGGUUGCGGUCUGAGAAGAACGAUAAUAAUGAUAAUCGUGAAGACUAACGAUUAACUCUGGAAACUCUACACGUUGAAACGGAACAACAUUACAAUAUUGUCAUCGACGAAAAUACACCAUGGUUGCUUUCUGCCUUAACUAUAUCACACGUUGUUGUUCAAAAUGGAAAGUGUCCCACGAGUAUAGAUAUAUACAUGUAGUUAGUUUUUGCUAUGAACAGGUGUAAUUUAUGAGGUGAUACUCAUUAUUACUCUGCACGUUGAAAUUGAUGGCCAGAUGUCAUCUUGUUCCCCGUGUUUAAUGCCGUCUAAGGACAUGGAGGUUUUGGGAAAAACCGAUUGAUUUUCUGUUAUCCAUUACUGUUGAUUCUAUUACUACUGUACUGUAUACUAUCAUGACUAGUACUACAACUAAUACUCUACUACUGCUACUACUACCACUACCA